AUGCCAGUAGCCUCGCCAAGGUCCCUUGGAACUUCAUCGUCAUCGUCACUCACCAAGAGAAAGCGGGACUAUCGAGAUGAUACACCUACCGAAGGCUUGGACGACCUUUCUCAGUCUGGGACUUUACUACUGCCAACAACCUCUCUGGUGGAUCGAAGAAACCGGAAACUGUUAAGGAUUGAAAUACCUGUACGACUUGCGCCAGAGGCGGAUGAUACCCAUGUUUCUGCGACAGAUACCCUAUUUUCAGCAAAGUCGCUUUCUUCUCUCUUUUCGGCUUCGGAUGCGGAUUCUGUAAUAAAUGACUUGAAAGACUUUGGUGGUGACGACACCGCUGGCAGUGUCAUUCAAGACGAUCGGAAACCAUGGCCAGCGCUCCUAGACGCGCCCGAAAUUACUGGUUUAUCUUUCACACCAUCUGUGCGAAUACCACAAGAGUUGGCGGACACCAUUAUGGCUUAUUGCAUGGAAACGUACUUCAAGGCGCCAGGCGUCAACCAAAUCAUGCUAUUUGAACGAUUUUUAUUAAAUUGUGAAUCACCAGGCUCGAAAUCGACCUCGGGCUCAGGCUUUCCGCCUAUUCUUUUAUCCCUCCUCGACACCUUGUCUAGUCUCCUACGCCCAAUCCUACCCUCCAAAUCACAUGAAUUGUUGUUCCCGGAGCGGGCGACGCAAGCGCGCCAAGCGAUUCUUAAUCUUUACCAGCCUGGUGAAGGGAUUACCCCUCAUGUGGAUUUGCUUGGCCGCUUUGGGGAUGGGAUCGUAGGCGUCAGCUUUGGGAGUGGUUGCGUCAUGAGGUUCGAUAAAGUUCCCUCUGAAACUGAGACUCGAGAACGGGGAGCAGAGGGGGAGGAUGACUCUAGGUGGGAGUUGUACCUCCCAGAGAGAAGCGUUAUUGUCCUUUCGGAGGAAGCGCGAUAUGAAUGGACGCAUGGUAUAGACGAACGAAAGGAGGACUUUGUUUCUUGUGGAAAUGGUGAGAAGGAUUCUGCUUUAUCUCAAGGCCGCUGGAUUGGGCGUGGUGUGAGGCUGAGUGUCACCUUCCGUUGGCUGCUUCCUGGAGCGGAUGUUGUGGGUGACGGUGUCAAAACUUGAUGUCCACACAUUGCGGAUAAACGAACUUUUUAUACAAAUUCUUAGAAAGGAUUCUCCUACUCUCUGUUGUAAUAUAUAUAAUCGGAUAUAUUUGUUUCUUG